UCUCUACGAUUUCUGUGAUUCUGUGAGUACUUGUUUGCCGCCCCAUCUCUUUGGGAAAGGGCUGAAAACAAACGGAUGUGAUGUCACGUGAAACUCCGCAAUAGACAAAGGUACUUCCUGUUCCCGACCGGAAGAGAUGGCAAACAAGGGGGUUGUCAGGGGAUACCAAUGUUUCUAUCAUGUCUAGUAACGCCUAAAAGUGUCUUAGUAUUUCAUCGUAUCGCCAUAAGGGUGUAUUAAUUACUUUAAAGUUAAUAUAAUACGUAGGGUUUCUGAAGCAGUCAAUUUUACGGAUACGUUAGCGAGCUGGCUAGCUUGUGUGACGCUAUCUUCAACAAGAUGACUGCAGUUCCCAAAUGUGGAUCUCUCGUUGUAAGAGACUGGCAUCGAUGCAAAGACAGUAAAGAAUAUUUCAGCAAAAUAUUGCAUAAGAAGAAACGGAAGAUUUUUGGUUUACUGGAGUCUCCAUUGAUGCCCCCACAUGUAGCUGUAGACACAGUACACUACAAGAUCUUCCUGUCUGGCAAGAGUGGCGUUGGUAAAAGUGCCCUUGCCGCCCGUCUUGCUGGUCUGAAAAUACCCAACAUGCAUUAUGAAACCACAGGGAUCGAAACAACGGUGGUUUAUUGGCCAGUGAAGCUGAGAGAAACCAACAGAGUCCUUUUCUUUCGCUUCCAGCUGUGGGACUGUGGAGAGAACGCCUUGCGUCGAUUCGACCAUCUGCUUCCAUCUUGUAAGGAGCGGGUGGACGCAGUUCUCUUCCUGUUCUCCUUCACAGACAGGAUGUCCUUUGAUGAUCUAGCCAACCAGAUUGCCAAGUGGACCGAACCAUCUGGAGGCCGAGUGGUAACUUUAGUAGUUGGUACAAAAUUUGAUCUUUUCAUGCACUGUGACGUCACAGAGAAAGACCUGAAGGUCUUCCAGGACACGUGGAGGUUGCCGCUGAUACGUACAGGCGGGGAAGCCAGCGACGGGCUGGAGGAUGUAGCGCCCCUCCUGGAUUGCCUGGCUGAGAACCUGUGGCAUCAGGACUGCGUCAUAGCCAGACACCAGCCGCAGCUGGGGGCACGAGGUCUCACUUGAGGCGUGCAGACCUCUGUCCUGCGUGGGUGCUCACAUAGCAGUGCAGUCUGAAGAACUGGGUGGUUUGGUUCAGAAUGACUGACUAUUCCACAAGAUGACAUCAGGACCAAAAAGGCAUCUCUGGGCCCAGUAAACUGUUUUGCACUCAACCACAAUGGGGCAUAUUUCUAUGCUACAGUAUCUAGCGAUUGCAACGACAUACAGUAUUAAACUGGGGUUAUAUCCCUCAUGUUACCUUUGACGUAUUUACCUGUUUAUGUCAUCUGACAGUAAAUCACAGGGGUCAAAGACUGGAUCUGGAAAUUUUCUUUGUCAUCAGUUAGGCAGCUCAACUUGUCAGAAAUCAUUUCAGAACUUGUUGAUUGGGCAAAGAUCAAAAUGGUCACAGAUUGUUGCAUAUUUAAAAGAAGAAUGUGCUCUUAAACUUUUCAUCAGCUGAUCAACAGCCUAUUUUCAUUUCACUGCGUAUUUGCAAUAAAUUGCUUGUGUCUCAAUCCCA